AUGCCCCCCGUCCUCAAGAAGUACAAGGCCGCCGCCGUCAACGCCGAACCGGGCUGGUUCGACCUCGAGGAAUCCGUCCGCCGCACCAUCCACUGGAUCAACGAGGCCGGCGCGAACGGCUGCAAAUUCAUCGCCUUCCCAGAACUCUGGAUCCCGGGCUACCCCUACUGGAUGUGGAAAGUCAACUAUCAGGAAUCCCUGCCCCUCCUAAAAAAAUACCGCGAGAACUCCCUCCCCUCCAACAGCCCGCAAAUGACACGCAUCCGAACCGCCGCCCGGUCCAACAAAAUCUUCGUGAGCCUGGGCUACUCCGAACUCGACCUGGCCAGCCUGUACACCACACAAAUCCUGAUCUCGCCGACCGGCGAAAUCCUCAACCACCGGCGCAAGAUCCGCGCAACGCACGUCGAGCGCCUGGUCUUCGGCGACGGGACCGGCGACACCACGGCGUCCGUCGUGCAGACGGAGAUCGGACGCCUGGGGCACCUCAAUUGCUGGGAGAACAUGAACCCGUUCAUGAAGAGCUAUGCGGCGGCUCUGGGCGAGCAGGUGCAUGUUGCGGCGUGGCCGCUGUAUCCGGGAAAGGAGACGCUGGUGUAUCCGGAUCCGUAUACGAAUGUUGCGGAGGCGAAUUGUGAUCUGGUAACACCCGCGUACGCCAUCGAAACAGGCACGUACACGCUUGCGCCCUGGCAGACCAUCACGGAGGCGGGGAUCAAGCUGAACACGCCGCCGGGGAAGGCGCUCGAGGAUCCCAACAUCUACAACGGGCACGGGCGGAUCUUCGCGCCGGACGGGCAGGACCUGGUCGCGCAUCCGGAUAAGGAUUUCCAGGGGCUGCUUUAUGUUGAUAUCGACCUCGAUGAGAUCCACCUCACCAAGAGUCUAGCUGACUUUGGCGGCCACUACAUGCGCCCCGACCUAAUCCGCCUCCUGGUUGAUGGCAACCGCAAGGACCUUGUUGUUGAGGAGGACCGCGUGAAUGGGGGGAUCAAGUAUACGAGCACCAUGGACCGGGUUGGGCUGUCGAAGGCUUUGGAUGCGCUGGAGGCGAAGCCCGCUGAGCAGGAGGAGUAA